UGGUACAGGUAAAGUGUGCUUUCAUAACCGGUAGUCACAAUAUCCUAGAUAAUUUGUGCUGAAAGGAGAAUAAAAAAAAUGUAGAGAAUUUUAAACAUUCGUAGUGAAGUUGAAGUUUACAGAGAAUCAAAACGUAUAACUACAGGCAAAUAAUGGACAACGUGAGCCUCUUAACACAAGAAAAAGCUCUUUCUUUCUUAAACAAGCUCGGGGUGGAGAAUGGCCUUGGGAAACUUCAGCAGGAUCCUUGCAAGUUUAUUACAGACCUUAUCAAAGCAUAUCAGGAGCAAGUACCAUUUCAAUGUGUGACCAUGAUGGGCCUGGCAGUAGAGGACCGCCAUAUCCCAACACUGGAGGAAAUCGUAGAGGCGGGACUCAGUAUGGAAGGUGGUGUGUGCCUCACCCUCAACGUCUUCUUCUGUCUCCUUCUACGAGCACUCGGUCUCAAAGUUGACUUGCUCGAUGGAAACUACAGUGCACACGGAGAUGACCAUUCUCACGUUAUCCUUCUACUCAGUGACCUAAGGUUUCCAGGAGAUAAUUACGUUAUCGACGUGGGUAAUGGUUUCCCCAGCAUGGAGAUGAUCCCCUUGAAAGAGCUCCCAGUGGAACAUUACCACGCUGGUCUGGAGUAUAGAUACGAAUAUAGUGGUGAAGACGUCAUCAGGCUACACCGGUCUGGAGAUACCACACUCGAUGGUGAAAAUGUGUGUUGUUGCCCAAUCGAUGAGGAAAAACCGGUGAUGAGGGGUGAGUGGCGACAAGUCUUCCACUUCACACUUAAACCCGUAGACUUCGAGUACUUCCAACCACACAUGGAGAGGAUUUACUUGGACGAGUCUUGCGAUUUUCUCCAGUGCAUCCGAGCCGUUCGCUUCCCCACUGAAACCGCACUAAUCCAGAAGGGAUUAUUACCCAAGGAAGGAGGGAGUGAGGAGAAAGGUGACAAAAGGAUGGUAUUGGCCUUCAAGAAUCAGAGCCUUCUCGCUGGGCCCAUGGACAAGGAUAUCAAGACGAAGGUGGAGAUGGACGUGCUGGCAGCCAAAAUAAAGGAAUUCUUCCCCGGCAUUCCUGCUGACAAAGUCGAUAAAGCGGUGCAAAAAAUCGUAAAACAAAAGUAGUUUAGAAAAAUAAAACAUUGUUUUUCCUAUAUGUUCAUCAGCAUUCUACAUGUUGUUUAAAUGUAAUUGUUUCUCAUAAGUUCACCAGCAUUUUUAUUAAGUAUUGAAAGUGUUUCUUAUAUGCAUGUUACAUUGUUUGCAGGACAGGCUGAGUUAAGAAAUCAAGACUGUGUACUAUUCGUAAUUACUUUUAGUAAAUAAAGGUGAAUUAAAUUA